GGCAAGACAUCGCAAUGGCUUUCUCUGCCCACCUGGCUUUCGGUGCAGCCCUGGCCCUAUUCUGCAUGGCAGCGUGUCGUGCUCAAGAACUUCCAAAGCAUUUUGAACAGAAUGACAUCGUGUGUGGAGUGGGCGUGAUCAGGCCAUUGCUUGAUACACCAAAGCAAACGUUUGAAGAAGCCAGAAAACUCUGCACAUAUGAGCAUGGCUACCUGCUCGCAGUUCACCACUCGAUCUGCUUUCAACCCUUGCUAAAGAAAUCCAAUGCAACGUACGCGUUUUGGACCGCGAUCCCUCAUGGGAACCGUGUGUAUCUGACGAAUGGACAGACUGCUGCCACCACAGGCAGCCGCUCAUUGCACCGUGUGGCAUGUUUCAUUGAGAAAGCUGAAUUCAUCUGCCAAAGCAGCAUGAUCAGACGCUACAAUAUGCCGGCGAUGACUGCAACUGCUGCCAAGCAGUUUUGUGAACGGAAAUCUCUGCGACUACCGAGUAAAAUGGAGCUUGGCUGUUUGGUCAACGUGCUUAAAGAACUGAAAUCUAAACCGAGAUAUUGGACCUCCAUAACUGAACCGGGAACGCAAAAUGUCAUAGCAACCACAGGCCACACGUCGCACUAUUACAACCCGGCGCAUAAACAGCUAGGCCGUGUGGUGUGUGCUUCUGAGGAAGGCAUUGGCAAGUGCAGCCAAAACAGUCACUGCCCAGCCAAUUACAAGUGUGUUACCGUGGGUAUAGCAGGAGGUAGCUGUCAAUACGCAGUGCACUAUCCUGAACAUCGCAUCUCUGUAGUCCACGUCUACACAAAACAGCUCAGCUUCAAAUCGGCCAAGCGUGCUUGCCUGAGGGCCGGCCUCCAGCUUCCGUACUCGGGCAAUGAAACUAGGCUUGCUGCUGAAACUCUCUUGAAAAUCAACCCCACCAUACUGGGGCAGGCCUGGCAAGAAAGUACAGCCAACGACGACGCUGGCAUGCAGAAAGUUGUCAACACCUGGAGCCAGGAAAGAGACGAACACGCGAUCGCCAAGAUAUCACCUCUCAUCUGCGUUGAAAGAGAGGACGCCAGUCAGACAUGCAGGAAAGACACGGACUGCAGCACACAUGGAGCUAACUACGUCUGUCUGCCUGCUAAGUCAGGAGAGAACACAUGUGCACGUAAAAUGGCAUCGAAUGUAGCGCAGAAACUCUACCCGGCAUACCGUGUCGGUGAUCCAACGUACAGAUAUGUGUAUACCUAUGCACAGGCUAAGUUCGAGUGUGAACGCGUGGGCCUCACUCUACCAAGACCGUUCCUACUACCCACGGUAGUCCGAGCAGUCCGGGAACUGGGUAGCACCGCCACAAAAAGCCCGGCAUGGCUACUAACCAGCCGGCCAUCCGUCGGUGGAUUGCCCUUCACGAGCAAGAACCAAAUUGGUCCAGAUCACGCCUGGGCAUCGGGACGUCCCAGUAAAGUACAGCGGCCACAAACUGCGGGGGUGUCGACUCUGAUAUGUGUAAAACCUCCACCGUCGUGUGGCGGCAGUGUGUACUAUAUCGGCACAAGACCGACGGGUGCAAACUUGAACCGUCAGCACUGCGCGAAUUGGGGCAUGAACUUGCCACCGGACACGCCAGAGGUCAAGGAAUGCAUUUAUCACAAGUUCAGGUCACUGAUAGUUUCCGAUAGCGAUAGUAAAUUUAUUCCCGUGGCUGUUGGCCUGCCUACUCCGCAUGUCAGUAACGUGGAAAUCUUUAGGCAAGUCACGUAUUCGGGAAUAAACCUUGCUGCUACUGGAAAGCACCGUUUCUUUACGGCUGAGCAUUCGGCCAAGUAUCAUCUUAUUUGCUAUGGAGAUCCGGCACCCAGCACCAAUCCUGGAGGACCCGUGGUAGAAAGGAACGCCAUUCUGAAAUGCAGGAAAGACGUGGACUGCAGCAGAACACUUGGAGCUAACUACGUCUGUCUGCCCGCUACGUCAGGAAAUUUCACAUGUGCACGCAAGAUGGCUAAGCCUCAGACGGCACUCUUCCAGGCGUACCGGGUUCGUGACCCGACCACCACGCCCGUGUAUUCGUACGAACGCGCCAAGUCCGAGUGCGAACGCCUGAAGCUAACUCUGCCGAGAACGUUCCUACUGGCCACGGUCGUCCAGGCACUCAGGGAACUGCAUCUCCACACCAUACUAAGCCAGGCAUGGCUACUAACCAGCUGGCCUGCCGUCGAUGGAGUGCCCGUAACGACCAGGAACGCGAUUGAUCAGUCAAGCGCCUGGGCAACGGCAUCUCCCAGCGCAGUACAACGGAAAAAGACUUUGGGGGUGUCAACUCUGAUAUGUGUGACACCUCCACCGUCGUGCGGUGGCGGUAUGUACUAUAUCGGAACAACACCGGCGAAUGCACACAUCAACCGUCAGCACUGCGCGAAUUACGGCAUGAACCUGCCACCGGAUACGCCAGAGGUCAAGGAGUGCAUUUUCAAGAAGUUCAAAUCACUGAUUGUCUCCAAGCACGGUUCCAGGCCUGACAUUCCCUACGUGGCUGUUGGCCUGCCUACUCAUCAAGACCGCAACUCGUACUCAGCAAUAAACUUUGCUGCCACUGGAAGCAAGCGUUUCUCACCAGGUUCCUAUGAACAUAAGUAUCAUCUUAUUUGCUAUGGAGGCAUGAACCAGUCAUAGGACAUGACUCGUUUUGAGCUCGUUGGUGAUGGUGAAGGAGCAGACACUCCAGCUCAACCAAGCAGAUAGGUCUAGAAUGAUAUUCAGGGUACUAGCCGGUGUGGAGUUGUAAUUUUUGCACUCCUCACUUCUGCUGCCCUGCAUACCUCUAGUCCUGCUGCUUUUCUUUCACGUCGUUUUGCGGACUCUUUCCGUUGUGAAUUUUUGGUCUCAGUGUAUUGUCUUUAUGUUUUGCUAUCACUAACUCUCCUAUUAGUUGUGUCGUGUGAGUAACGGGGACGUGGGACUCACGUAGAAAGCUUGUAUUGAUAAGAGGUGUAAAAAAUGGACAAGACUGACGUGUUGCGAUUAUGCAUAUGUUCAGAACUGCGAUGUAAUCGGGAAAGGAACCAGAAUAUACGUGCUCGGAUUUAUGGCUUGUAUAGUUCAAUAUCUGUCGUAUUUAUUUUUCCUCAGUUCUUCAUCCGUAUCCUCACAGCAUGUUCUGGUUAGAUCCUGUUGCCAUUCUUUCUGGAUGGUGAAUUGUUGCCAGCCACGCACAUUUCCGUUUCGUCGUGAUCGUGUUUGUCUACCCUCUCUGUCGUUUGUCUAAGAUUAUGAUCAUUUC